AUGUCCGACGCCGAGGCUGUACCUCCACCGCAGCCGGGCCGCACCCUGCUGCCCUCGCCUGUUGCUCAAGCUGUCAGUCUCGCAACGCGUUCGACAUGCUUAGCCAUUCGACUCAGUUCGACAGCUGGCUCUUACGGCCUCGGUGCCGCAAAGGUCACUACCCUAUCCUCCCUGGAACUCGCUCGCAGCAUGGUCGAAACCGUUCUGGGCCGUGCUGGAAGAGAAACCCUCGCGCGAUCCCAAAGCGACUUGGCUGCUGCUGAAGCUGAGUCCAUCAUUGAAAAAAGUCUCGAGAGCCUCCACCAUGCCAUGUCACAGGCCGUCUUCUGGACGAGUGCUGGCUUCCACUUGACAAGCACAACAUUUUCCAUGGCUUCGGGGGUCUCGCAACUAAUCUUGUCAUCACUUGAUCAACUGUUUGGGUCUACUGAUUCAUCUCGAGCCAUCGCCAGCAUCAUCACCUUGAUUCGACGCGAGUUCACAGACACCUCUAUUGGAGUUGAAGGAGAGACCGUUGGUGUCAUGGACCUUGUCCUUGGCUUGUGCGCAUUGGCAUACCUACAAAGAUGGUGCUGGAAGAUGAUUGACGAGGAUAAGCGUCGGCAAGAGUGUGAAGAGGUCAUUUGGGAUGUUGUUGUCUUGAAUGACGGCGAAAGGAUCGAUAUCCAAGAUCGUGCCCCUCGAAGCCCCCUCCACACAAAACCCACGACGCCGCCUUCACGAGGUAACAGUCCUAGCAUGUUGCGAAGGGAGGUGGUAGAGGUGUCCCAAUCAGCCCCGGCCGACGACGAGGAGGCAGUAGUAUGCCGACUCAAGGAUGAAAUGGUGAAAUUACUGCCUGCCGACACUUCCGUCACCAUUUCGAACUCCGUCACUUCAACACAGACAAUCACAAUCGAUGUCAAUGGGUCCAACCCCUUUCCCCUACCCACACUGCCGGGCGCAGAGAUCGUCGAGAUGAAUGCACCACGGCCUCAAGGGGGCAGUCGCCUCAGCCAACUAUCUGAUGGGCCUGCUGAAGCCUCAAGUUACCGCGUCGUCUACAAGCUUGAAAGGUCUAGGACUGGAGACACCUCGUUCAAGAGCUGUGAAGAGCCUCCAAGCUCUCCACCCGUAAUCGAGUUACCGGAUGAGACCCCUCAAGAAGAAGUGCCACCAAACCCACCACCAAAGCCGGCCAAGAAGCCAAGGUCACCUGGGACCAAGUCGCCCCCGCCACGAUGCUCAAGGGUCGCCAAGACACUCAAUGAACAAUCGUCUCGAAGUUCCUCACAAGCAACUGUGAGACCUCGAAGCACCGUCCCGGCUAGAGAUGAAAAGGGAAGACUAUCACGGGCGAAUUCGCCUGCUACGCCGCCAACUUCGCCAACAGAACCCCAGAAACCCUCUAGUUCGAAACGCGAAGCAAACCAGAAGAGGCCCCGGGCACCCAUCAAUGCAAGCAACACCCGCAAUAAAACCAACGGUUCCCGAGAGACCCUUGCAACAUCCAGGAAAGUCCUGCCCAAGAGGAAGUCUGACUCGUCGACCAGUAGUAGCCAGACAUCAGAGAAGAAAAGUGGUCUAAGACAAGUCCUUCGAGAAGGAAGUCAAUCAUUCUCCAACAUUUGGCACAAGGACACCCCUUCAAACGAUAGCAAGCCAAGGCCUCGAUCACGAGCAUCGACUGUCACUAAGCCCAACAACAUCAAGUCAAUCACCAGCCCUCCCUCCUCGGUAGAGCAGCGGCGCAUUGAAAAGGCAGAGAUGAUCCCGCGGAACUCUUCUCGUGCGAGUUAUGUCUCCGUCCACGAGCGUCGACGUGACUCCAUGAUUUCUCAGACAGACACAUACUCCAUCCAAUCAACCAACCCAGGUUCAAACCAUUCGCCCAGUGUAUCUGUGAGUGGGAUUACGUUUGACUCUUCCUGGGCAAAGAGUUCCCAGCAGGCCGGCCUCCUUGAGCCACCUCAGUUCAGUCACCAUCGGGUGCUUCGGAAAGCUCCAAGCCUAUACAGUCUGGCCUCGAAUGACUCUCAGUCCUCUUUGGUUCUGUCUUACUACUACCAAAAGAGCGCGUACACGGCGACGGAUGCGCUUGGUGGUCUCCGGCGUGAUGGCAUGGUUGAUGGCACGUUUCCCCAGGCACAUGUUCUUCGCAACAUCACGAGAUACAUGCGGUUCUCAUCUGCUUCUUAUGGUUCUGCAUUUUUGAAGUUUAUGGGAAUAUCCAAAGAAAUGCCUCUCCUGAGAGCUUGGGAUAGCACUCACACAGAUGUUCGACACUUUGUCCACCAUACUGAGUCCGAUACCCACAGCAUCCUCCUGGCCUCGUUUGUCGACUCUCAGGGUGGAACAGACUCGAGCGGCUCAACCGGAACAGGUGUGCCCCUUGUGCACUACAUCUCGUUGGAUCACGACGCCAAGGCAGUCGUCCUUGCUUGUCGUGGAACCCUGGGGUUUGAGGAUGUCUUGGCUGACAUGACCUGUGAUUACGAUGUCCUCACUUGGCGUGGACGAGGUCACAAGGUACACAAAGGUGUCCAUGCUUCCGCUCGCCGCUUGCUAUAUGGAGGGGACAGACGUGUUUUGCUUACACUUCGGGAGGCAUUGCUCGAGUUCCCAGAUUAUGGGCUUGUGCUUUGCGGGCACUCGCUUGGAGGCGCAGUAACAGCACUGCUUGGAGUUAUGCUUUCGGAACCAAAUCCCUCUGGCACUGGCUUUAUCACUGCUACUGAUGCCCCUGACAGAUCAGUUGGUGAUCAAAAGUCCGAUGGCCUUCUCCCCAUUCACUCUACUUUACCACCAAGGCGUCCGAUUCAUGUCUACGCAUAUGGACCCCCUGGCACAAUGUCGGCAUCCCUCCGCAAACGCACCCGUGGCCUCAUCACUACUAUAGUCCAUGGAAAUGACAUUGUGCCUUAUCUGUCGUUGGGUGCGCUACACGACUUCCAGGCGGUUGCACUUGCUUUCAAGAAUGACCAGCAACAGGCCAAGGCCGAGAUUCGUCAGCGAAUAUGGCAGUCCUUCCAAACAGGUAUAGCAGACAAGUGGUAUGGUGGGCUGCCUUCGGUUCCCUCGGGGGAUACGUCUAAAUGGGGGUAUUCUGUCUUGCAAGGCCUGAGAGUAGGCAUGACGAACCGAAAGCUAGUGCCACCAGGAGAGGUGUUCACUAUCGAGAGCCAACGGGUUUUGAGACGCGAUGCCUUCCUUCUUCUGGAGGAAGACAACAUUGGCAAACCAGCGCAGAGGAUUGUGCUCAAGUACGUCAAGGACGUCGAGGCACGUUUCAGGGAGAUGAGGUUUGGGACGAGUAUGUUGGUUGAUCACAACCCAGCCAAGUAUGAGGAGGCUUUGAACAAGCUUCGUCUUGGAAUUGCAGAGUAA